GGCUGGAGUGGCGGCGCUUCACGAGCGGCGCUGAUGCGCGUGGAGCCCGGCGGCAAGAAGAUGAGGGAGAGAACAGAUCGAGACGAAGGAGACAGGGGUAUGCUGGUCCGUUCAUGUGGCCUGAGAAGCUAGAAAUUACGAAAGAUAUUAGAAAUGGGUGAAAAGGCAUUAUUGUAGCGGGAGUUUUGGCAAAACCAUUUGCGGAAGGGCAAUCCAGCGAAACCCCGCUUUUGAUGAUGGCGAAAUAUCAAAUUUCUCCCGACGGCGAGACCGCGACCGUCGUCGGUUUGGUCCCCGCUUGCCGUCGCGCGGGGCACCAUGUGGCGCCAAACCACUCCGUCCAACCUCCCCUCCCCAGUCCCUACUGCGCCUCCCGGCUCCUGCUCGAGCUCGCGCUCUCCGCCGGAGCUGUCUCCGCCCCGCCACCCAAAAAUAGCCGGAUCCGAGAGAGGACCGAAGGUUGACGGAAGGAAGAGGAGUAGGCGUACACAGACGCGGCCACGGCCUCCGCGCCUCCCGCGCGCCCCAUUCCCUCCCGUCCUCACACCCUCGCCCGCGCCCAUGGCGCCGCCCUUAAAUUCCCCGCGCGGCCGUCCCCGCCGCUUCGUUUCACCACCUCCCCCAUGUCCCUCCGCGACCCCAAUGCCGCGCCGCCAGACCCAUCGAGGCGGCGGGCGGACGCCGUCGGGUGGCUGCGCACCCUGUUCCCGGACGUGCCGCUGCCGCCGCCGCCGCAGGCCACCGACGACGACCUGCGCGCCGCGCUCGCCAAUGGCAGGCUGCUCUGCGCGCUCCUGCGCCGGCUGCUGCCGGGCGCGCUGCUGGACGACGCGGCCUCGGACAACGUGGGCAGGUUCCGCGCUGCCGUCGAGCGGAUGGGCGUGCCAACCUUCAGCGCCUACGACCUCGAGAGGGGGGAACUGUCAGCUGUCGUCACCUGCAUUCUCGCUCUAAAGGACCGGUUCUCAUCGCGCCUCGGCGAAGACCACCGCAGCUCUGCCUUCCUCACCAGGUGUGACAGCGAAGGAGGUCGGAGGAACAUGGAAUCCAAGCUGCAAAGGGUACUCUCGAGCCCCAUCAUGUCAGAGCCGUACUCUCCCUCCUUUGGAGCCGAUGCAUAUUCGCCGUCACGGGUGUUUCAGCCGAAACAAGGAUAUUCUGAUCUACCUGGUUGCAAAAUUUCAGACUUGAUGAAAUCCUCCAGCUUGGAGAAUGCUCCCACCCAGUCACUUUUGGGUGUUGCGAACAGCAUCCUUGAUGAGAGCAUCGAGAGGAAGAAUGGACAAAUACCUUAUCGCACUGCUUGCCUUCUGAGGAAGGUCAUAGUGGAGAUUGAAAGGCGUAUUUCUACUCAGGCUGGGCAUAUACGAAAUCAAAAUAACCUGAUUAAAGCUCGCGAAGAGAAGUAUCAGUCAAGGAUAAGAGUGCUAGAAGCCCUGGCUUGUGGGGCAAGUGGGCAAACACAUGUGGAGAGAGACAAACUUGAAGGCAAGGGGCAACUAGCAGAGGAUGAUAUGGCUAGAUUAAUGCAGUACGAGGAAGACUUGGUAAGAUUGAUGAAAGAAAAGGAAGAUAUGAUUAGGUUGCUUAAAGAGAAGGAAGAUAUGAUCAGGCUGCUGAAGGAAAAGGAAGAUAUGGUCAGAUUGUUGAAGGUGAAGGAAGACACAGGCAACUUGAAUAAUGACAAGGUGGAUAUGUUACUUAAGGAGAAGGAUGAUACUGUAGUUAGAUUGACAAAAGAGAAUGAAGACAUGGUGCGGUUAUUGAAGGACAAGGAGGAUAUAAUUAUGCUAAUGAAGGAGAAGGAAGACAUGUUUAAUGUGAAAGAUGUCACAGUUGAAGAUACACAGCAAACAACAGAUGAGAGCAAAGAUAGGUUACUUAAGGAAAAGGAUGCUAUUGUAAUUCAGUUGACAAAAGAAAAGGAAGAAAUGAUUAGUUCGUUGAAGGAGAAGGAAGAUAUAAUUAGAUUAAUGAAGGAAAAGGAAGAUAUGGUCAACUUAGCUGGUGUUGAGGUUAGUGAUAGGAAGCAAGCAAUAGAUGAUGACAGAGAUAGGUUGAUCAAGGAGAACAAUGAUGCCCUUUCUAGGUUAACUAUGGAGAAGGAAGAUAUUACUAAGUUGCUGAAAGAGAAGGAGGAUGUGAUUAGAUUGAUGAAAGAGAAAGAAGAUAAAACUGACACAAAGAAAGACAAUGUUGAAGACAGAAAACAGGCAUCAGGUGAAGAUGCAGACAGGUCAAUAGAGGAGAAGGGUGGCAUAAAUAGGCUAAUGAAAGAGAAGGAGGAUUAUAGCAAUACAAUUAUGAAACUUAAGCAGGACUUGGAAUCAUUAAGGUCAUCACAUGAGGAGAGCUGCAAAUUGUUAGAAUCUAAGAAGGGAGAUGUAGUUAAGCUUCUCACAGACAAGGAAAUGAAUGAAAAUAUAAUUUUGAAACUCAGGCAAGAACUUGAGGCAACCAAAAAGUUGCAUGAGGCACAUAGUCAGCAACUAGAGACCAAAGCUGCCAAAGUAAAUAAGGAGUUGGAACAGAGGAUAAAAGAAAUAGAGCUUAUGUUGGAAGAUUCUACCAAGCGGAGAAGAGAACUUGAGGAAUCAGCCCAAUCUACAAUCCAAUUUUGGAAGGAAAAGCAAAUAGUGGUAGACAAUUUUGUGGGUUUGCAAGUAAAGAAUGCUCAGGAUUUGAGGCUAUCUUCUGUUUCCAUUAGGCAUGAAAUCCUAAAUUGUCAAAAAAGAUGGUUUGAAGAACUAGCUGGCCUUGGACAAAACCUUAAGGUGGUCACAAAUGCUGCGGAAAAAUAUCAUGCAGCUCUUGCAGAUAAUAGAAAAUUAUUCAAUGAGAUCCAAGAACUGAAAGGAAAUAUCAGAGUUUAUUGCCGGAUAAGACCUUUUCGACCCUGGGAGGAUGAGAAGUCCACUUCAGUUGAAUAUAUUGGCGAGAACGGUGAACUGGUUUUAUCAAACCCUACAAAGAAAGGAAAGGAAGGAGGCAAGAAUUUCACAUUCAACAAAGUUUUUGGCCCUACGACUACACAAGAUAUGGUCUUCAAAGAUAUCCAACCACUAAUUAGAUCUGUUCUUGAUGGCUACAACGUUUGCAUUUUCGCAUAUGGUCAAACUGGAUCAGGAAAAACAUAUACUAUGAUGGGACCUGAAAACGCAACUGAGAAGGAAUGGGGUGUCAAUUAUCGAGCACUAAAUGACCUUUUCAAUAUCUCCCAUGAUCGGCAAGACACAAUUAAGUAUGAACUUGGUGUUCAAAUGGUUGAGAUCUACAAUGAGCAAAUCCGUGAUCUUCUUGGUAGUGGUGGUUCACAGAAGAAACUAGGGAUCCAGAAUACCACCCAGCCCAAUGGACUCGCAGUUCCUGAUGCAACAAUGUGUCCUGUUAAUUCGACUUCUCAUGUUAUUGAGCUAAUGCAAACAGGGCACAACAAUAGAUCCAUGAGUGCAACAGCCUUGAAUGAGAGAAGCAGCAGGUCUCACAGUGUUGUGACCAUCCAUGUACAAGGCCAGGAUUUGAAAACCGGAAACACUUUGCGUGGCGCUCUGCACCUUGUCGACCUUGCUGGAAGUGAAAGGGUGGACCGAUCUGCGGUUACAGGAGACAGGCUCAAAGAAGCACAGCACAUUAACAAGUCUUUGGCGGCUCUCGGGGAUGUUAUAUUUUCUUUGUCACAAAAGAAUGCUCAUGUACCAUACAGAAAUAGCAAGCUUACACAAGUCUUACAAACUUCUUUGGGUGGGCAUGCAAAGACCCUAAUGUUUGUGCAAGUCAACCCAGAUGUGUUGUCGUACACAGAGACUUUAAGUACACUGAAAUUUGCUGAACGUGUAUCUGGGGUGGAACUAGGUGUUGCAAGGACCAAUAAGGAGGGAAAGGAUGUCAGAGAACUAAUGGAUCAGCUUGCACUGCUCAAGGAUACCAUUUCAAAGAAGGAUGAUGAAAUUGAUCGGCUGCAACUAGUCAAUAGUAGCAACUCUCGACUGAAGCCCACGAAACAUGGUGACUCCCUGUUGAAGCAUUCAUCCUCUUCUCCAGGCAUGACAUCCCUAGGAAAGGUGGCAAGCUUUGGCAGUGGGGCUGCUUCCGAUUUUGACAACUUCUCUGACACCAGUGACAGGCAUUCUGAAGCUGGGUCCCUGCUCUCUACUGAUGAAAACCAACAGCUGGGUCACAGCUCCGCUAAUCCUGAGGUUUCUGCCCUUGGUGAUGUUGAUUCAGAUGGAAGGUUAAGUGAUGUAUCAGAUGGCGGUAUAUCAGCAGGUGCAGAAACUGGCAGUUCAGUGAACAACAUUUUGGACCAAGAACAAGAGAAAACAUCUAGUGCUGGAAAAGAGCGGUUAGCCAAAGCAAUAAAUCGAGUCCAGAAGCUAACAGUCCCAAAAGUAGGCCCAGCAAGCAUGCGGCCUAAACCAAGAGAUCCUUCUGCACCUAGAUCUUCAGUGGCAACAGGUGUGCGAAGAAGUACCACCACUCAAGCAACUCCCCCAGCAAGAGCUAGCAGCACUUCAAAACGAGUACCAUAGGUCAAGAGUGAAGACACUGAUGAUUCGGACAAACCACUUUUCAGUUAUAUUUUGUUUUUGUAUAGUUCUUUUGGAAAGGAUUUUCUUCCUGGCAUGAUAUAUUGUUGGUUAUAGUGAAUUUGUGAAUUUUUGUAUCUCAGAUGGAUAGGUCGCUGUUGUUUUUUCAUCUUUGUAGUGAGUAUAUCAUCUGUAAAGCAUGUAUUGUGUAUCACUAUGGGACGUUAGCAUGUUACUAUGUGAGAUGCCUUUGUUGAAUGUGUUAGUAGAAACGGUGAAGGAAUUCGAAAUCAAAUUGAAUGCUAGUCUUGACUGUUC